CCCUACACCACCACAGCUUGUUAAAUUUUGUGAUGCACCUGAAUAGGAUCCUACAAUUUCAGUAAUCUCUUUCCCUCGAUAAACCGGGGUAAUCUGCGGGGUUCCUUUCUAAUGCCAACCGCGACGACCACAACAAUUAUUACUGGCCCUCCACUUCAUUCUGCGCACAAACCCAACAAAGUCUCUUCGUCGCCUUCUGCAACGUUGAGCGUCCUGAUUGACCGUGCAGGUCGUGCAUUCGUCAACCAUGACCAUCACCUCAGUCAGUCUCUUGUUGAUUCUGCCUUCACCCUCCUCCCAUCUCCUCUAUCCCUCCCCGACGCACUCGAUGACCACCGGAAAACCUGGGAUAUAUUUCGCAUAACAUUCGAGGCUCACGUCUAUGCAUCGCCACCUGCAGCCGAGGAUGUCCCGGAGCAUCUGAAGGAGGUGAUGCUGCAGUCGCCGCAUGCGUUGAUGACGAGGAUGUACCAGCGGUCGCUUAACCUAUUUACCCCGGCUAGUGGGUCGUCAAAGAGUAUUGCGACAGCAAACGUGGUCUAUAUACCCCCGUCAGUGAUCAAUACCCUCGUCUAUGCUAGUCUCAAGGUGAACUGCCCCGAUGUCGGCCGGGUCAUCAUUGAGGAAUGGCUCGCUCAUCGACAUGGUCGUUUAUCAUCGAACCAUACCCAUCACGAUGCGUACAAGAAGAUUCUUGCAAUAUAUUGCUUGCAGAUUUUGCCUGCCUUGGAGCAAUGGGAUUAUGCCAAAGAGUUUUUAGACUAUGAAAGUGAGCUGUCGCCUAGGUCGCGGGAGUAUCUUCAAUCCUCGUUAGCCCGGCUCUAUACGCAGGCCCAAGCAGUACAGCAACCCCCACCCCCUCUUCCUAGUCCUCCAGCUUCAUCUUCUUCGAGUAUAUCAUCCUCUCCUUCGUCGGACCGUAGCUUCUCGCCGGCUCCAUCUUCUUCGUCUUCCUCCUCCUCUCUUUCAACGACAUCUACCCAUACAGUAGUUCCUUCGACUCCGAAAGGUCUUCAUGUCGCUCAAUCAAUGACUUCUAUCGCCGCUCUUCCAUCAGCUUCUCAAUCUACGACCUCUGUAUCUUCAGAUGGCACCGCCAAACUCACACGUUCCGAAAGACCCCCAUCCUCACUCUCCGACCGCAAGCAGAAAGCUCAACGCGACAACAUGAUCAGACGUACAUUGUCUCCCGCUACCAGUGUCAUCACCCACCCUGUUGCACCGUCAACUGAACUCCGGAGCCCGACGACCUUUGCGUUGAUAAAAGCCUACGUGGCUCCAAUUCUAAACUCGACCAAGCUGACAACUUUUUUAAUUCUUGCAGUGGUAUUCCCACUGAUAUCAAUGGUGUUGCGAAUUAGGCGGCGGCGACGGUUAGCUGCAGGUGGUACAGUUAAUACUGCUGAUAUGGUUAGAAAGAGACUUCAGGUUGUGAACGGGAGAGAAGCUGGUGUUCUGAGGACUGUUUGGAGUGAGAUUGUCAGGGUUUUGAUGGAUACCAUCAGAAUGGGCGGGAGUGGAUUAGUAUAAGUAUUAUAAUUACGGAACUAUUUCUGCUGCAUGUUCUCGAUCA